CAGCUUCCCGGUUACCUGGGAAAGCGAGAGUUUGUUUCGAAGUGAACCGCCUUGAUAUGAAAGUGAAAUGUUUUACUAAAAGCGAACAAAAGGUACAAUUACGGUCAUUUUAUAUUUUACCUUAUUAACUGACUUUUUGUAGCUGUAAGUAAUUUAGGAAACGUCUUUCGCACACAAUAAAGUCGCUUUCUGUAAUGCGCGGACUUCAUUGUGUGGGGUGAUUAAUGCUAGGCCAAGUUUCUGUUUGCUGGCAGACUUGUAAUAUUUACUGCCUAACCUUUUCAGUACUGUAAAAUAUCUUUGGGCCACCUGCCGCUGAAUCGCGUUUAACUUUGAAAUGUUUAUCUGUUAAUCGCCGGCCGAGUUAGCUAAAGAUGAUUUAAACAAACGUUAUUAAUCAAAAAUAGACCAGUAGCUGUUCAGGUAAUGUAUUUACGCUGAAACGCUGGGCUCGAAACCUUGUUAACAUUUUUUUGUCGCUAUAAAACUUUGUAUUAUAUUGUGGCUAACAAGUAAAUUUAGGUGUUAUCUACUUCAUAUGCGUUUCCUAUUUGAGCUGGUAUCUCCUAUUUCUGUUAAUGUAAUGAAUAGUUAGAAACUGGAAUGGAAACGUGACGGUUAAUGUCGCACGAGCAGUGACUUUAUUUGCCGUGUGUGAAGUUUUUCUCCAGUUGGUCUGUUAAGCAUAAGGUAACGAUGCCGGCCGCACAUGCUCUCGAGCCAGUGCUGAAAAUGAAGGUGGAUGAACUUUUUCUGAACUGGCUGAGUGAGGCCACCACUCAGGGGAUGCUGAAAGAAUAUCUCCAAAAGAUCAAAAAUGAAGAAUGGGUCGACACGGGUGACAGAAACGUAACAGAAAGCAGCCAUUCAGUUCCUUCAGGCAACAAUAAUGCCACCAGCAAAAAGAGCCUGACAGACAGAUCAUCAGCACCUUUGAAUGCCCCAUCCAGCCCACCUUCGACCACACUUCCUACUGGGAACACUGGCAACAGUCGCACAGGGCUCAAUGGCAGGCUGUCUCGUCGUUCUGUCAGCACCAAGAAGCAGACUCCGGUCAAGAAAGCAGAGCCCGUUACGCCUGUACUGAGCGAAAGCAUUCCAAGGUUCUACUUCCCCCGGGGCCAGCCCAUCGCCAACCUCAACAUCGACACGCUCAUUUCCAGGAUAGAGAAAAUAUUUUCACAAUUCCCCAAUGAAAGAGCGAGCAUUGAAGACAUGGGGAUGGUUGCCAAAGCCUGCGAGUGCCCCCUCUACUGGAAGGUGCCUUUGUUUCUCUCAGCCGGGGGGGACAGGACCGGCUUUGUGUCCGUCCACAAGUUUGUAGCCAUGUGGCGAAAAAUUCUGCAGACCUGUCAUGAUGAUGCAUCCAAAUUUGUCCACCUUUUGGCCAAGCCUGGCUGUAAUUAUCUGGAACAAGAGGACUUUAUUCCCUUCCUACAGGAUGUGGUGAACUCGCACACGGGUCUCGCGUUUCUGAAGGAGGCGUCUGAAUUUCACACGCGUUAUAUUACCACAGUGGUUCAGCGCAUAUUCUAUAAUGUCAACAGAUCUUGGACUGGAAGAAUCUCAUGUUCAGAACUGAGAAAAAGCAGUUUUCUGCAGAAUGUGGCCCUGCUGGAAGAUGAACAGGACAUCAACCAGCUGACAGAGUACUUCUCCUAUGAGCAUUUUUAUGUCAUCUACUGCAAGUUCUGGGAGAUAGACGCUGACCAUGACCUCCUCAUAGACCCGAAAGAUCUGGCCCAACACAACGAUCAAGCAAUCUCCCAAAAAAUGAUCAAAAGGAUAUUCUCAGGGACGGUCACCAGGGACAAGAAAGUAAGAAAGGAGGGGCGAAUGAGCUAUGCAGACUUUGUGUGGUUCCUCAUUUCAGAAGAGGACAAGACAACCCCCACUAGCAUAGAGUACUGGUUCCGCUGCAUGGAUCUGGAUGGCGACGGGGUCCUGACCAUGUACGAGCUGGAAUACUUCUAUGAGGAGCAGAAGCAGAGGCUGGACGCCAGGGCCAUCGAGCCGCUGCCCUUUGAAGAUUGCCUGUGUCAGAUGCUAGACCUGGUCAAGCCAGAAUCUGAAGGCAAGAUCACGCUCCAUGACCUGAAGAGGUGCAAGAUGUCCAGCAUAUUCUUCAACACGUUCUUCAACACGGAGAAGUACUUGGAACACGAGCAGAGAGAUCCUCUGUCAGUCGCCAGGGAUAGCGAAACUGAGGGCCAGGACAUCUCUGAUUGGGAGAGGUAUGCCGCAGAGGAGUAUGACAUUCUGGUGGCAGAGGAGACGGCCAAUGAGCAGUAUAAUGAAGGGUAUGAAAAUGACUUUGACCCAGCAGAGCAUCACAUUGCCAAUGAACUGGGGCUGUGGACAGAAAAGAGGCACCUGUUUGGUAUCCCCAGUCCCCACUGCGACAUUGACUUUGAGUACGAAGAUGAUUUUGAGUGAGCUCCGCAGCGAUGGGCCUGUGGGGGCCACACAGCGUGGGGGGUGAGGGGUUACCGCAGAUCCGCUCUCUCUCUGCAAAUGACAGCUCUGUGAUGCUGCAGGAUACCUGCGCAACCGUGACAACAGGAAAUGCUGGGCCCUGGCCACAAAAGCAGCAGCAGAGGUAGUGCUGGUAUUGUCCCCUCUAAUUCCAUAGCCAUAGCCUCCAGACCCAGCUGCUGGUGUGGUGCUGUGCUGUAGUCACCUGGGUGAACAGAAUGUGUGUUUUUGCAUGGUUCCACACUGGAGGCGUAUUGAGUAGAAUAGGGCUUGAGUCACCUCAUUGAAUUCAACUGUGCUUAACCAAUUAUGAGCUAGUAUGACAUUCCAGAGGUAGGAACCAAGAUGUCUGGCACUGUGCAUUAAGGAAAUUCUAGGAAAGUGUGCCUUGCAAUAAUGCACUUUGGAUUUUUUUUGUGGGAGGGGUAAGUUAUUGGAUAUGUACAGUUAAUUAUAGAAGUGCAGUGUUAGUCUGCAGAUAGUUUAUUUUGCAGAUGUGUGCUUCACAAUAAAAACACAUCACAAAACCCUAAA